GUCGAGAAAGCUCUUCUUUGAUUUUCUUCUUGGACACAGCGAUCACCGACAUCCUGCGAGAGUGUCUCGGUGCGGCAAAACAAUCGACGUCGUCACCCAGCUUCGGGCGCGUGCGGUAGGCUCUUCCUCGCUUCCCGUGGCAGCUGGUGAGCUCUUCCUCGCUUGUACGCGCAGAGCAGGCUCUCCGACUAGUCGAAAGGUGCCUGCUUUUCUCGACUUGUUUCUUUUUCCGUUUCGCAUGCUGUUCUUCCACCAGAGAAUAAUUCCGGUGUCAUUCGGUGCCUUCAACUUCCCACGCGCGUUGCCUGUCUUGGAGCUCCGCUUUGCAUGUUCUCAGGUUUGUUCCGAUUCUGCCGGUCUGUCUUCUUCUGUUUUGUUUUUCCGUGGAAGCUGAGCCGUUUUUUGUGGCCAUCCGAGCCGCAAACGUCCUUUUUCAGUGGCGUUGCCUUCGAGUCUCUCUUUGCACUUUCCGGCGACAUGGCUGCCUCCUGUUCUCUGCAGAACGCCUCAACCACGACCCGCUUUCUUGUCGGGUUUACUGUGCUGGCUUCCAUUCUCUUUGCGCUCUCACCAGCUGUCUCCUCUCUCCCCGCCCUCUCGUUCGCUGCUGCCCAGGUGGAGGCCGGUGUCCAGACAGCUUUUCAGAGCUUCGACGCCCACGAAUCCUCGCAAGAGGAGGCAGAACAAGGCAAUCAGUUCCUCGAGCGCCUUCGACCGAAAAGCGCGGCGGCUCGUAGAACGCAGGAUCCCGAGGCAGGGGACGGCCUGAUACACGAACAGGGUCUAACCGACGAUCGGACCAUUGUCAUCAAGCCCAGGGCAGGACGCGGGGAGCAAGUGAAAACAACAUUUCAAAAGAGCCUCAGAAUCACACGAGGCCAGUGGUUCGCCGCGCUGUUCUGGCUCUUCGUUAGCUACGCGCAGCUGUCGGCCGCGUCUGCGCUCGUUCCUGUCUUUAAUGGUGGUUCGCAGUUUUUGCUUGCUUACGGCGGGCUGGAGAGCCGUUUGGCUGUGAUAUACGCCGCCGUCUUCGGAACGUUGCUCGUGUUGUUCUUCAUCAACGCACUGAUCACGACACUCGGUGCGUUGGUUGUUUUGCUGCUUGCGGAAGUCAGCGACGACGCUGGGACUAAGAAACGAGCCACGGCAAGAGACGCUGUGAAAGGCAAGCCCUCGUCCGUUGCGGAGAAGAAGCAAGCGACAGCUGCUGUCUCUCCCACGGCGGUAGAACAAGGAGACAACAACUAAGCACUCGUCCAGAAACAGAAGAAGCGAAGAGAGUGAGAGGCGU